AUGUCAUCGGAGGAGUCCGAAGUGUUCGACUUGACGUCUAAAGAUCAGCUUCUCGUCAUCCAAUGGGAGCAUCUUAAUCUCUGGCGUUUUUACCCGCUUGCUCUUGCCAGCUCGUGGUCGAUACGAUGUUUUCUCUAUCCCAUGUCAGUUGUAAAGAGUCGUUUACAACUAAAAAGACAAAACAACAUGUAUCGAGGCAUGCGGCACGCGUUCACUGAAAUCGUCAAAGUGGAAGGAGGAAUCGCCUCCCCAUGUGCUCAACUGGUGUUCGUCCCAACUGAUAUCGUUGCUCAACACAUGAUGGUGCAUAAUAAUCCCGAAGCGUUUGGUGGCAGUAGAAAGACUUCUGCCGUUGCAAGUACUAUAAGGAACGAUGGUCUGGAGAAAAGACUCACGUUAGGUUUACGUGUUGUUCGCGCUGUUUACAAAGUGGAUGGCAUAGCUGGAUUUUACCGUGGAUUUCUCUCCGCCGUGAUGCUAUACAUUCCAUCGACUAUGGUAUUUUGGUCUACGUAUUAUCAUGCGUUGAGUGGUUUUCGACUGAUACGCCUGAAGGUCACGGAACUCGAGACAGGAGUAAAACCAAAGACUGCCGAUGACGUUGACAAUCGCAAUUUCUUUUUGGACCAAGCGGUAUCUGGAUCCAUAGGCGGUGUCGCUUCUGCUUGUGUCACCAAUCCAUUGGAAAUGCUUCGCAUACGAUUACAGGUGCAUCGUACGAAUUACGCUGAAACUAUCAGGCGAUUGUGGAAAUAUGAAGGAUCGAAAGUUCUCACAAAGGGAUUAGCUCCUCGAGUUGUCAGCAACGCACUCUACUCGAGCAUGGUAAUGUUAGCGUACGAGACAGUGAAGAAGCUUUGCGUUUUACCUGAAUAUCAGGAGCAUGUGGUUUGGUAA